AUGCGAAAUAUCCUCCUUCUCGGAACCUGUUUCCCGCCAGGACAGCUUUUUGACGUCUAUCUAUACCUCGAUGCCUCGGAGCAGCGUUUCUCAGAUUUCGCAAAUCGAAACCUUUUCUACCAAAGCCUUGGGAUGAGAUAUGGAGAUUAUUCGAGCGGUCCAGAAAAGGUGAUGAAGACGGAGUUCAUUUUCUUCCAAAAAACCAUUCCGACGCCAGAAUCUCUACUGAGGAAUCAGUCGAUAUAUUUGCAUACCUUUAUAACAAAAUCUGGAUCGUCUCCCGAUCCUCAUCAUCACUCUUAUGUCAGGCGAGAGGUCAUUUAUGGAGUACGGCAGUUAAACAAGUUCAGAAAGAAGUAUUAUAAGCAGACAGCGAACCUGCUGACUGGAAAAAGUGGCCAAAGUGAGGACGAUCUGGAAAAAGCUGCUAAAAUGAAAUUUGAGGUAAAUUACAUUUACUUGUUUAUCAAAGUACUCGGAGCGACAGAUUUAUGA